GCUCAUUUCUGUCACAUACAUCAUCAGCUGAUGUGUUGUUCAUCAUCGUAAACAUGCCAACCGUAUAAAUAAAUCACGAUUCAUCAAUCAUGCAUCUGUUAAGGCCGUCGCGAUUUACGUGUUUGCUAUUGCAUCUAACAGCAGUUGCCAGGGUCGACGCUGCCGUAAACCAAAAUGUAAAGCAAGUAGCAAUCAUCGGUGCUGGCGCCGCUGGUUCAUCGACGGCUUACCAUCUCCACAAAUACGCCAAGGAAGAAGGCGUUGAUGUCAACAUCACCAUAUUUGAGAAGACCAGUCAUAUCGGCGGUCGCACUCUCACAGUAGAUGUCUACGAUGACCCUCAUCAACCAGUUGAGCUAGGCGCUUCCAUAUUCGUCGAGGCCAAUCACAUCCUGUACGAUGCCUGCAAGGAAUUCGAUCUGCCCCUUAAAAACCCAGGCGCCGACGAGGACGGGCUUCUGGGCAUAUGGGAUGGAAGGAACUUCGUCUACACCCAGGAUUCCGCUUCUUGGGGGUGGUGGAACAUAGCCAAGCUCCUCUGGAAGUACGGUUCUGCGCCAUAUUAUACCCAUCGUCUUGUACAAGACACCGUCGCGACUUUCUUGAAGCUCUACGAGGCACCCUAUUUCCCGUUCAGAUCUCUAUCCACCAGGGCCUAUGAACUUGGCCUUGUUAAGAUAACCGGAUCUACGGGAGAACAGUUCUUGGAAGAAAACAAGCUUAACGGACCUUUCGCCCACGACAUUGUCCAGGCAAGCACUCGAGUCAACUAUGCCUCGAACCUAGCCCAUAUACAUGGCUUAGGCACCAUGGUCGCUAUGGCCCCCGAGGGAGCAGUGGCAGUAGACGGUGGCAAUUGGCGAAUAUUCUCCCGCAUGGUCGCAGAGUCCCACGCCUACGUCUCGCUAAACUCCACCGUAUCCUCCAUUUCCAAAGAACCAAGCGCCACGGACCCAGAGACAACCAAGUACAGAAUCAAGGUCCAAACAUCCGGUUCUACCAAUACCGAAGCAGAAACACAUCCCGUAGCUUUCGACGACGUCGUCAUAGCAACACCCUACCAAUUCAGCGGGAUAACCCACGACGAGAACGUCAUGCCCCACCCCGUAGACACGAUCCCAUACGUAACACUACACGUAACACUCUUCGCCUCCCCCUUCCGCUUCAGCCCGGCCUUCUUCAACCUCGAGCCCGCAUCCGAAGUACCCAUCUCGGUCCUCACCACCCUCGGCAAAGACGACGAAGCCAAAGCAGGACCCAGUGGCGCCGGAAGCGCCGGCUUCUUCUCCGCUACCCUCGUCAAAGUCGUCACAAACCCAAAGACGCAGAACACAGAGUACGUGUAUAAAAUCUUCUCGCCGGACAAGGUGACGCCCGAUUUCCUGUCCCUACUGCUCGGCGUCCAGGUACCCGAGACGUUCACACGAUCCACCACUUCCCCUGAUAGCAGAGAUGGCGACGAGGGGUGGACUGUCGUCGAUCCUAUCUCAUGGUACCACCCCACGGUCUUCCACCCCUACCCGCAGAAACUCCCUCGUGUCACGUUCCAGGACCCUAUUCUUGGCGAUGGGUUGUACUAUACAUCGGGCAUAGAGAGCUUUAUCUCCACGAUGGAGACGAGUGCGCUUAUGGGGAAGAAUGUCGCGCGGUUGAUUGCAGAUGAUUACUUGGAGGCUCCUGUAGUUCAGAAGGUUGAUGAGAUGGAGGAACUUUAGGAAAUGAUUUUUAUCGCACUUGUGCUUGGAGAAGCACAAAGAAUUUAAGCUACGC